AUGGAAACUGACUUGCAGUUCCUUACUUUACUUGUUCUAGCUAGUAUUCAGCCUCUGAAUUUGAAACAGAUUGAAAGUAACCAGUUCACUGGAGAUGAUACAGCCCUUAAUGCUAUUCGACUAACGUGCAGUGAUGACUCUGGACAUGCGCAGUUAGCUUACCAAAUCAUUUCUGGCGAGGGUCCAUUUGGCAGCUGGUCAAAGACAGAAACGUGCCAUCAACAAUUUCAUGCGUCAAACUUCCUGGUUGGUUUCGCCCUGCAAGUUGAAGCACCGCAAGGGGCAGUUGACGACACUUCCGCAAACUAUGUGAAAUUAUUCUGUCGUGACUUUGACGGGAACAAUGCUGAAAAAGAACUGAACAGUCCGCCUGGCCAUGUUUAUUCGGGACACUAGGGUGAGUGGAGCGACAGCUGUGACAAAGGCAGCGCUA